CCCACUCUCUGGUAAGCGUGUCUCACUGUGCCUAGACUGUUUGUACAAAUAUGGCUCAUGCUGAACACCUGUGUUGCUUCUAGGGGUCUGGAAUUUGGGCACAUGCUUGGCACAGACUGUGUAUGUGACCAGCCCUCCAUAAAACCCCAGGGCGCUGAGUGUCUAAGAAGCUUCCCUGGCAGACAGCAUUUCACACACACGGCUCCAGCUUCUUCCUGUGGAGUCCACCAGGAGAGGACGUGGCCAGUUCACGCCUGAUUUCCUGUGGAAUUCAUCCCAUGCACCUUUUCUCUUUGCUGAUUCAGACUUAUAUCCUCUCUGUGUAAUAAUCUUAGGCGUGAAGACAAGUCUAUAGUGAGUCCUUCUAGCAAAUCGGUUACUCUGGAGGGGUCUUGGGGAUACCUCUCAUGGCCCCUGAAUUUGUAUAAGCUUUAGGCCUCCAAAAUUUGAAUCGACCCAUGUGUGUACCCUAAAGCUGGAGUACGAGGGUCAGAGAACCAAAGGUGUGAGGUAGGAGUGGCCCCAUAAUCCUAAACCUGGAAUGCUGCCAGGUUGGAGGCCUAGUUCCUGAAGAUGAAUACUUCCACCAGGGAACACAGCAAAGGUUCCACUGAUCUUGAAGUAGCAGCUAUCACUGGCCCACUUUGGACACCUUAGGCUGAAGACCAACAUCGUCCUCAUUGUCCUGAGUUGCUACGGUCAAUGCUACACAACUGGGGUGGGCAGUCCACAGAGCUCCCUGGGCGUCUAGUCUUCCCGCAUGCGGCAAGGACUGUCAGUGGACAACCCAGUAAUGGCCAGGCGUGGUGGCGGGAGGCCGAGGCGGGUGGAUCACCUGAGGUCAGGAGUUCAAGAUCAGCCUGGUCAACAUGGUGAAACCCCAUCUCUACUAAAACUACAAAAAAAAAGUUAGCAGGGCACGGUGGCAUGUGCCUGUAAUCCCAGCUACCUGGGAGGCUGAGGUAGGAGAAUCGUUUGAACCCAGGAGGUGGAGGUUGCAGUGAGCUGAGAUUGUGCCACUGCACUCCAGCCUGGGUGACAGUGAGACUCCAUCUCCAAAAAAAAAAAACCUUAGCCAGGCAUAGUGGCAGGUGCCUGUAAUCCCACCUUCCCAGCUACUUGGCAGGCUGAGAUAGAAGAAUCACUUGAACCCAGGAGGUGGAGGGUGCAGUGCGCUGACAUCGUGCCACGGCACUCCAGCCUGGGUGCAGAGUAAGACUCCAUCUCAAAAAACAAAACAAAACAAAGAAACCAACGAAAAAAACCAUGACUCAGUAAGAACAGGGACAGUAAGAGCUCAGACUGAAAGGGGAAAAGGGCUCCACAGUAAGCAGAGUGGCUGUAGAGCAGAGGGUGGGGAAUCGGCGGGGGCAAGUGGCAGAGGGUGCUGACCCAUCAUGGCCUCAGACCAGCUGCAGCAGCAGGGCUGUGGCUUGCUCGCUCACUCUCAUGCCUCUCAGUCUUUCAGGACAGCUUAACCACCUUGGAGGGGAUGCUGUGACAACUGAACUUGGGCCCCUGCAGCAGACCACAUUUCCCUAGCCCGCCUGCUCUUCCAACAGUCUAAUAUUGACACUCCUCCCACUGAAGGGUGGGGUCCCUGUCCCCAUCCCUUAAGCCUGGGCAGAUCUGUCUGACUGCCUUGACCCACAGAGUGUGGCAGGAGGGACACUAUGUGACUUCUGAGGUUAGGUCCUAAAAAUACCAUGCACAUGCUGUCCAUCUUGUCCUGGAAGGCUACCCUUGGAACCCAGUUGCCAUACUGCAAGGAAGCCCUGGUUGCAUGGAGAAGCCACAUGUAGGUGUGCUGCCUGACAGGCACAGAUGAGGUCCUGGCCCGCCACCAGCAUCAGCCACCAAAGAUGUCAGGGAGAAAGCUUUAGGAUGGCUGCAGCCCCAGCUACCAUCUGGCGGCACCCGUAGGAGAGAUCCUAAGUGCAAACUACCUAGCUGAGCCUAGAUAACCCCAGAUUGCAGCACAUAAUAAUAGAAUGAUUUUUAUUAUUUGAAGCCGCUGAGGUUACGUAGUAAGAGAUAAACAGACAUACAACCCCUCUCUGGAAAGGAUGAGGAAAUCUGCAUCCUCAAAGGGAAAAGGGAGGCCCACCUGACUGCAGUGUGGAAGCUCGGUGUAAAGGGAGGGCAUGAGAGGACUGGAGAGGUGCCAGGUGUGGACCAUCCUGGGACACCAGCCUGGUCACUUUCCUAGGACCGCUCAAUGCCUUCUCCUGUCAGUGUCGCAACCCACUGGGUUCAUCCUUCCACUUUCACACUUGGGGCGCGGGGAAGGGCUGAAUGCAGGCACCACUGGUCACGAGGGCGUGACUGGGCAAUUCCUCCUUCGGCGGGCGCCCACCUCCUGGCACCCGUGGCACAGCUCCGGGAACGGCUGCGGGCCCAGCCGCUGCUUCCCCGAUAGCGCCGCCGCAGUUCCCCGGAGACAGAAGUAGAGCCGGACCGCCGGAAACCGUAGAUCCGGGCAGGUCGGGUCCGCGGUGAACUCCAGUUCACCAGGACCGGAAGUGACAGCGAAACGCCGGAAACCGUAGAUCCACGGAGGUCAGGGCCGCGGAGAUCCGUAGUUCCCCGGAACCGGAAGUGAUGGUGGACCGCCGGAAACCGUAGAUUCCGGGUGGUCGGAGCCGCCGGGAGCUGUAGUUCUCCCGCGGCUCAGAGAAGUAGGCAGAGAGCGGAGCUGGCGGCCGGGCAGCAUGGCGGGGCUGGAGCUCUUGUCCGACCAGGGCUACCGGGUGGACGGGCGGCGCGCCGGGGAGCUGCGCAAGAUCCAGGCGCGGAUGGGCGUGUUCGCGCAGGCUGACGGCUCGGCCUACAUCGAGCAGGGCAACACCAAGGCGCUGGCGGUGGUCUACGGCCCGCACGAGAUCCGGGGCUCCCGGGCUCGAGCCCUGCCGGACAGGGCCCUAGUGAACUGUCAAUAUAGUUCAGCGACCUUUAGCACAGGUGAGCGCAAGCGACGGCCACAUGGGGACCGUAAGUCCUGUGAGAUGGGCCUGCAGCUCCGCCAGACUUUCGAAGCGGCCAUCCUCACACAGCUGCACCCACGCUCCCAGAUUGAUAUCUAUGUGCAGGUGCUACAGGCAGAUGGUGGGACCUAUGCAGCUUGUGUGAAUGCAGCCACGCUGGCAGUGCUGGAUGCCGGGAUACCCAUGAGAGAUUUUGUGUGUGCGUGCUCAGCUGGCUUCGUGGACGGCACAGCCCUGGCAGACCUCAGCCAUGUGGAGGAAGCAGCUGGUGGCCCCCAGCUGGCCCUGGCCCUGCUGCCAGCCUCAGGACAGAUUGCGCUGCUUGAGAUGGAUGCCCGGCUGCACGAGGACCACCUGGAGCGGGUGUUGGAGGCUGCUGCCCAGGCUGCUCGAGAUGUGCACACCCUCUUGGAUCGAGUGGUCCGGCAGCAUGUGCGUGAGGCGUCUAUCUUGCUGGGGGACUGACCACCCAGCCACCCGUGUCCAGAAUAAAACCCUCCUCUGCCCACACA